UCGAAUGAAAGGUUCAACGGUAAUUAGAAAAAUGUGUCAAGUCAUAAUAAUCGAAGAUAGUCCAAAACUUGAGAUCUAUAUAUAGUGCUAUAUGCUUUGUAUGUUCCACAACUCAUUUCAGCAAAGAUGAUCAAUAUUCAAGGGCAAUAACUGUUGCUUCUUAGCUAUCUCAUAGUCAUAAAUUCAGUUCAACUGAUUUGUAUGUCUGUUAUUUAAAUUAAUAUUUGCAUGGAUUUGUAGAGUGUAGGAUAUCUAUCAUUAAAUCGAUAUGACGGGGCGUGGUGAUGUUGAUGUUAAAGGGCAUCAGAUUGAUGAAAUACUGCAUGGGUUUUUUGACAAAGUAAGAAAAAACGUUCAUGCACAUCAAAAGCAAGUCUCGCUCGACUUCCAAGAACGCUUGAACGAACCUGUGAAAGAAGAAUUCCCUCGUUUAUUUGAAAUCAAUGUUCAUUCAUUUUACCAAGGAGAAUAUUUUGCCAAACAAGCUAAUGAUUAUCAACCAUUGCAAGAAUUUUCAAGAGAAACUCAGGAAGGAAAUUUUCAUACUCGAAAUGCUGAAAAAUUGAGCAAAUUGAGUGAAAUUUUUCAUGAGUCUGGAGGUUUGAAGCAAAACGUACUUCGUCAUGUGAUGAUAUUAGGUCCAGCAGGAUCAGGGAAAACAACGACCCUGAAGCGGUUUGGCCGUGAUGCAGUAAAUGGUGAAAUCUUAGGUAUGAAGGAUCGGUUUAUACACAUUGUAAAAUGUCGAAGUUUUGAAAAAGGUAAAGAAAUUACGGUGCAAGAGUAUUUGUUCCGAUACAUGCAUAGUCCGCUUUCAGAUGAUGAAAGUAGAAUCGGAUACAAAUGGGUACUUGAAAAUUCUGAAAAAGUUGUCUUAAUAAUCGAUUCACUGGAUACUCUCGGCUAUGAGUUGGAUGAUGAAACUGAAUCGAUUGAACCUUGGGAUCAUGCUCGCCCUUCAACCAUUCUCUACAACAUUUUUAUUGGUCAAAUCCUCAAGAAAGCAAAAAUUCUGUCUUCUUCAAGAGAGUACAAAGUAGGAAAAUACGAUCAAAUCUUGCACCCUGAUAGAAUCAUUUCUCUUGGAGGUCUUAGCGAUGAAUCAGUACAAAAUUUAGUAUUUGGAUUCCUGAAAAAAGAUGACGCCGAAAGAGCUUGGGAAAUACUCGAUAAAAGAUGUCCGGAUUUGAUGGCCCUUUGUGAAAUUCCAAUGUUUCUUACAUUUGCCAUGGUUGUACUAGCGGAGAAGGAUUGCGAAUGUUCUUUUGUUCCAAACACAGGCACUGGUAUUAUGAUAAAUCUCUUACAAAAUCUUUUGCAUUCCAAGCAUGCUCGAGCAUCUGGAGAAGCUGACAAUGAAUAUGUAGUCCAUGCUGUCAAUAAGAUGAAAGAAUUGGCUUUCAAUGGAACCAUGAAAGGAAAGGUUAUUUUCAGUGAGGAAGAUCUAAAGGAAGUUGAAUUAACACCAAAUGAAGUGACAGAUCUUGCUAUUGUUGUUCCUGGAAGUCUAAACAAGGAAGAGCAAUAUCAGCAAAUAUUGGAACGUGAUAUAGAAGCCAUGUUUGCUCACCAGAUUAUUCAAGAGGUGCUGACAGCACUGUUCAUUGGGCAGAAAUCUGAAAAGGAUUUUUCAGAGUUUAUCUCGAAGUAUUUACAUACGCCUGAGUUCUCAGUUAUCAGAAGAAUGCUGAAUGGUGUAUUUCUGGACCCUUUGGUUUCAGACACCUUAGAACAACUUCUUGAGGAGCAUUGCGAAACACAAUCUCAUAAAGUCAUUUUGGUGAAGAGCAUGGCUGCUGAAAUUGAAAAUUUUGAACAACUGAGCAAAAAUGGUCGACUCGAGUUGAUUCGUGCAAUACAUGAAGCUGGAACAGGCAGAAAAGAUAUUGUUCCUUCUGUAUGGAAUUCAGUCGAUCUUUCUUAUAUGCCGUUGAUGACAGCUGACUUGCAUGCUCUUGCUUCAUCUUUGUUGGAUUGUUCUUAUCUCAAGCAACUCAUUUUAUGGCAAUGCAAUCUCACAGAAGAAAGUCUUUGUGAUUUUGCCAACAGAUUAGAGAAUUCCAGCGUUAAGAUUGGAAAACUCGAUUGUGCAAGAAAUACAAAAAUUUCAUCUAGAGGCUUCAAGAUCAUUGGUAACUUAGUGAGUCGACAUGAUGUAAAGGAUGUUGGUUUGGUUGGUUGUCAAAUAACACAAGCAGAAAUGCAUGCAUUUGAUGAUGGACUAGGAAAUGCAACACAGAUCAUGAAGAUCGACGUUGCUUACAAUGACAAAAUAUGUUCAGAGUUUGUUGGUGAUAUUGUAAGACGCCGACAAGUUCAACAUCUAAGCAUGGGUCAUUGUGGAGUUAACGACGAAGACAUGAAAGAAUUUGAAAAAGGACUUGGAAAUGCUACGGUAUUAGAAAUAUUAGACGUGGGCGCAAACCCAGAUCUUGGAAAAGAUGGACUUGCAGUUCUAGGUGGGAUAAUCAAAAAUGGCUCACUGCAGAAAAUUAGCUUAUAUGAAAAUGAUCUCACAUUAUCAAGUGUAAAGGCAUUCGAUCAAGCUAUGGGACUUGAAUCUACUCUUACUACAGUUGAUUUUGGAUUUAACAAUAACAUGGAAAUUGGAUGUUUUGAAGCCAUUGGUAAUUUUACAAGAAUUCAUGAAGUUAAGAACAUAAGUUUGGCAGGUUGCCUGGAUUCCAAGCAGUUUCAGGCAUUUGAAAAAGGAUUGGGCGUCUCUGAGCACUUGGGGGUUCUGGAUUUGAGCAUGAAUCAUUACUUGAAACAUGAUGGGAUGUCAACUCUUGGUGAAAUGGGACAAAGAUGCGCUUUACAAAAACUCAUUUUAGUUGAAGCCAGACUUAACGCUGAUCUUCUUAGAUGUUUGGACGAAGGACUUGGAACUGCAAAGCUUGAGUUGCUGGAAGUUUCUUACAAUUAUGGUCUGAGUUCUAGAGGGCGUGAGAGACCUGGCUCAAAGGGAAUGGAUGCAUUGGCUAAAAUUGUAGUGAAUCAUGAUAUAAAGAAUCUGGGUAUCUCUGGUUGCAAAUUGUGUGCAGAAGAUGCGAUCAAUUUUAGGAAAGCAGUUGGAGGGUACAAGGUCGAAAAACUGUUGAACAAAAAGAGAAUCAACUAUUUCAGUUCAAGUUUAAAAGUACAUGAUAACCAGCUCGAAGCCAUGUCUGAAUUUCUUCCUGUUGUAUCCAAGAACAUUGACAUGGAUGGAUGGGAGUUGAAACAGGAUGAGUUAGAUUUCCUAAAAGAGAAAGCUCUGCAAUGUUCUCAGGAAAUUAAUCUUGUGCUCGAAUAUGGCAGUGAAAAUACAACAAACACGUUUGUUAUAACUACACCUGGUCUUCAAGAAUCGGAGUUACAAGGAUCAAGAAACAGUGAAUCGCAGGAUCGUGUUGUGGCUUUUACCGAGGUUGAGGGCGUGGUGGACCCGGAUGGAGGAAUGUUACAGAUUGGCAACAGCUCUAUAACCUUUCACCCUGGAACUUUCCGAACAAGAACAAAAAUAUGGAUGAGGCUGGAAAUUGACAGCGCUAAGUGGCCAGAACAUUAUCUGUGCAUCACUCCAAUGCUUUAUGUAAAAGCGGAAAAUCGUCUGAAAAUUGCAGCAACAGUUCGGCUAUCUUCUUGGUGCAAAAACAAUGGCACCAAGGAGUCAAGGGAAAGCAAAGUUGAUGUUCUUCAUUGCCCUGAUAUUGCAUCAAAAUGGAGAGUCAUCGAGCGCCUUCCAUUCAAUAACGACCUCGUUUUUCAAUUUGAUUGUCUUGAUUUCAGCCCCGUUGUCAUCGGUCAGAAAGAAGGUCAUUUGCAGGAAGAUAACUUCGUUGUUCAAGGUUAUAUUUUUGGACACAAACGUAAUCUUUCUCUUUCAUUUUGUCUGAAUGAUAAGCUUGUUAAAAGUGAACUUAUUAGUGAAAUGCAAGAACGGAAUGCAAAAUUAUUAUUGAUUUUCACACCCAUUACUGUAAAAUACAACGAUAAACUGAAGACAGUAAUAAAAAUGAAAGGCGAGUCGGAAAUAGAAGAUCAAUUCAACCAAGAAAGUGAAAUUUCGAGAUCUUUUCAAAUCAGUGAGGAUUUUUUUCAAAAUAUUGGAAAAAAGCACUUCAAUUUUUCCAUACCAAAAAAUCUAAAAAAAUUCUAUUCACUUCAAUUUAAUUGUGACCUUUACAAAAAUGAUGUUAUUGAAGAAGAUGACCAAUGUUUUGAGUGGGAAUUGAGUUCUGUAACAGAAUCUGGCAACAUUACAACAUAUCAUAUGCAUGGGAACAUCAACGCUGCAGUAGUUGGUUUAGAUCAAACGAAAAUACAUUUUCAAGGAGGAAGUCCCGCAAUUGCAGGUUCAGAGGCCAAGCAGAUAAAGUCGAAUGAAGGUCCAGUGUUAAAAGAGCUUCCUGGUAUCGAAGCAAAAAUUAGCGAAAGCACUCCGGGUCCAUCACACACGGAAUUAAAAAUGGAUGAUUGCCUAUCUUCUGAAGCUGAAUCAGUUACUGUACAAAGCCAGUCAGCUACCAGCAGCUCCAAGAUGGAAGAAACAAAAAGACUUGCCAGUCGGGUUGCGGAACAGUGUGCCAGAGGAGAGAUACAGGCUGACAACCUAUACCUGGAAUUAGAAUCAGUAAAAAUUGAUUCCAAAAAGAAAAAGUGAUUCUGAAGAAUAGUAUUAUUGGAAGAGUUAGUUUUCAAAAUCGUAUACUUUAUGCAAUAUUAAUAAUUUUACAGUGUUGUAAAAUAAUAUAGUGAAAAAGAUGAUAUAUUUUAUAUAAUUGUUUGAAUAUUCUUAUUUUAUGAACAUCAUGGUUUAUCUUGAUUGUGUUUUACUCACUCGUUUUACUUCUAAUUAUGCACAAUUUUGUAAAGUGUUUCACCAUGCCU